AUGCUGAUGGAUGUGGACGGGCAGCUGCCGGAAUGUGGGGAGGGUGCUGCCCAGUCGGCCGGGUUCGGGGGGACGCUGCACUGUGAACCCAGCGGAUCGGGGACCGGACACACAGCGCACACACUGGGCCCACCAGCAGCCAGCGAGGGCCCCGGGGCCGAGACCAGCCAGCACAGCGACCACGAUCUCCUGUGGGAGGAGGUGCAGGAGGAGGUAUCCCAGCUCCAGGCUGAAGUGCUCCUGCUGAGGGAGAUAAAGGACCUGGAGGAGUCUCAGGGAGGCGUGGCUGAGGAGCUGUCAGUCACCAGGCUGCGGGUGCAGCUGGCCCAGAGAGAGCAGGAACUGCACCGUACCCGGGAGACCUUACAAGCGAUGAAGGAUGACCGGAAGCGGCUGAAGGCAGAGAAUGAGGACCUGCUGAAGCAGAUGCAGGAGCUGUGCGCUACGCUGGAGAGCCGGGAGGAGCAGCUCCGAGACUUCAUCCACAGCUACGAGCAGCACAGGAAGGAGAAUGAGGAUGCUGUAAAGGCAUUGGCUCAGGAGAAGGACCUGCUGGAGAGGGAGAAAUGGGACCUGAGGAGAGAGAAUAAAGAGGCGCUGGAGUGCGCCAACACCCUGCACUCACAGCUGCAGCUGAGAGAGAGCAGGAGCCGGGAGCUGGAGGCCGAGCUCUGCACCGCGAAACAGUCCCUGGCCACCCUCACCAAAGACGUCCCCAAACGCCACUCCCUGGCCACGCCCACUGAACCUGUUGUCAACUGCAACCAGGAGUGGGUAAUACAGGCGGAGCUGCCCCUCACUGCUGCCAUCAGACAGAGCCAACAGAACCUGUGCCACGGCCAAGCAGUGGGGAGGAACAGCCCCAGCCACACACGGCAGCAGUGUAUCGUCUCGGACGCCUCUGCCCCCGAGGGCGACUGCUCUACCUCCCCCAGUGACAUCAGCUCCCCUCGCCACAGGACCUACUCCCUCUGCAAUUCGAUGGAGAAUCUGGAGGAGCAGAAGAGUAGGAGGAGGGAGAGGCUGAGUUUGGGUUCUCUCUCCCGGGUUUUCUCCAGGUCAAAGCAGGGCAGAUCUGUGGACCCAGGCCUGCUCAAUGGCCCUGAUGCUCCAGCGUGUUACUCACAUGAGACCUCAGACUGAACACAUGUAUAUAACACUAUAUAACACUCUAACAUGUGUUAGUGUGUAAGCUCGCUUGCGUGUGUGUGUGUGUGUGUGUGUGUGUAUGUGUAUGCACCUCUCUGAGAGGCAUUAAAUGAGUGUUUCUUCCCCUGAACCUCU